AUGUGGACAUUUAUAACUAGUCUUUAUUUCAAGCUGUGCAAAUUUUUUAAGAAAGCUUGGGAUAUUGGUGUGAAUGAUCCAAGAAAAUUUAUCCAUUGUUUGAAAGUAGGAAUAACACUCACAGUUGUUUCACUUUUCUACUAUUUAAAGCCUUUGUAUGAUGGAGUUGGAAGAAAUGCUAUGUGGGCCGUCAUGACCUACUUUGAAGCCCAAACUGCAACUGAAGAGUCUAACAAAAAUAUCAUGGGUUAUAAAUGUGUGCUAAACUCAAAAGCAACAGAAGAAUCAUUGGCCAAUUUAGCUAGAUGGGAGCCUGCACAUGGAAGAUUCAAUUUCUGUCAUCCAUGGAAACAAUAUCUUAAAAUCGGAGCCACAAUGCGUCGAUGUGUUUCUUGCGUUGAUGCUCUUAUCGGAUGUAUACAUUCAGAAAACAAGAGUUCAAAUGACAUAAGGAAGAUUAUGAGCAAAACCUCUAUGCAAGUUGGUGACAACUCUGCAAAUGUUUUGAGAGAGUUAGCACUAACAAUAAGGAAUAUGACAAACUCUAACAAACUUGAUAUUUUGGUCAUGGAGAUGAACAGUGCAGCACAAGAGCUACAAAAUUUAUUAAAAUCUUAUCCCAACACACAAAAUAAUGAUGAUGCAAAAAUGGAAAUUCCAAUAAUGGAUAUUAUUCAAGUGGUCACCAUGGUUUCCUUGCUUACUGAAAUUGUAGCACGUGUGGAAGACAUUGUGAAUUGUGUUGAAGAACUAUCAAGUUUAGGUAAAUAUAAACCAGCAGUGUCCAUGUGUGACAAAUCCAAACAACACUCUACAGAUAACAAGAUUUCUCCAGAACAACAAAAUGAAGAUGAAGCAAUAGUCAAAACACUUCAAAUGGUAUGA